UUGCCAAGAUCUAAAACAGCUGUAAUCGGGUUUACAGCUCAAGUUGUGCUCUUCAUCACAUGACUGCUGUGAUUUCUGUAUUUUAUAAGUUCAUCUAAAUUAAAAAGAUGCCGAAAGAUUCGAUUGCAGCUUCAAAAGAACAUUCUUUGGUAGUUACUAGAGAUUUCAUAUCUCAACCUAGAAUAACCUACAAAACAGUAUCUGGUGUAAAUGGACCUCUUGUAAUUUUGGAUGAUGUUAAGUUCCCCAAAUUUGCUGAAAUUGUACAAUUAGUUUUGGCGGAUGGAACUGCUCGAACUGGUCAGGUACUGGAAGUCAGUGGGAAGAAAGCCGUUGUUCAAGUUUUUGAAGGAACAUCAGGCAUUGAUGCUAAACAUACACUAUGCGAGUUUACGGGAGAUAUUCUUCGAACACCUGUAUCGGAAGACAUGUUGGGUCGAGUUUUCAAUGGAUCAGGAAAACCUAUUGAUAGAGGACCACCUGUGUUAGCUGAAGAUUUUCUUGACAUUCAAGGUCAGCCUAUUAACCCAUGGUGUCGUAUUUAUCCUGAGGAGAUGAUUCAAACUGGUAUUUCUACUAUUGAUGUAAUGAACAGUAUUGCCCGAGGUCAAAAGAUUCCAAUCUUUUCAGCAGCUGGUCUGCCUCACAAUGAAAUUGCUGCUCAGAUUUGUCGUCAGAGUGGUUUAGUUAAAAAUCGAGAUGUGAUGGAUCAAAAUGAACAUGAUAACUUUGCUAUUGUAUUUGCUGCUAUGGGUGUCAACAUGGAAACAGCUCGCUUCUUUAAACAAGAUUUUGAAGAGAAUGGUUCUAUGGAAAAUGUGUGUCUCUUUUUGAAUUUAGCUAAUGAUCCUACUAUUGAACGUAUUAUUACUCCUCGUCUUGCUUUAACGACUGCCGAAUAUUUAGCCUAUCAGUGUGAGAAACAUGUUCUCGUUAUCCUGACUGAUAUGUCAUCCUAUGCUGAAGCCUUGCGAGAGGUAUCAGCUGCCCGUGAAGAAGUACCUGGACGUAGAGGUUUCCCAGGUUACAUGUACACCGAUUUGGCCACAAUUUAUGAAAGAGCUGGCCGUGUUGAGGGUAGAAAUGGUUCCAUUACCCAAAUUCCUAUUUUGACUAUGCCAAACGAUGAUAUCACCCAUCCCAUUCCUGAUUUAACAGGAUAUAUUACAGAAGGUCAAAUAUAUAUUGAUAGACAGCUGCAUAACAGACAGAUUUAUCCACCCAUUAACGUACUGCCUUCAUUGUCUCGAUUGAUGAAAUCGGCUAUUGGUGAAAAUAUGACAAGGAAGGAUCAUUCUGAUGUUUCUAAUCAGUUGUAUGCUUGUUAUGCUAUUGGUAAAGAUGUGCAAGCUAUCAAAGCUGUCGUUGGUGAAGAGGCUUUGACUUCAGAAGAUCUUUUGUAUUUAGAUUUCUUGAGCAAGUUUGAAAAAAGCUUUAUUUCACAAGGAAAUUAUGAGAAUCGAACUGUAUUUGAUUCUUUGGAUAUUGGAUGGAAGCUUCUCCGAAUUUUCCCCAAGGAAUUGCUUAAACGAAUCCCACAAAGCACAUUAGAAGAAUUUUAUCCUAGAGAUAGUCGUCAUGCAGAGAAGAAAGAACAGGAGAAGAAGGCAUAAAAUUGCUUUGGGUGAAGUGGGUCUUAAAAACUGCCAUUCCAAUUUAGGUAGAAAAGAAUCUAGUCUGAAAAAUUGAGUAACAACAAAUAUAUCUUGUAUGGUUGUGAUGGUUCUUUCUAUUGAACAAAGAAGCUAUUUUGCGAAAAAGAGAAUUGCCCCUAUUUUUUUAUCAUCUGUUUUGUCUUGAUUUAAGUACUUUAUAUUCUUUUGUAUUUUCAUUUUACAUACUUUCAACAAAGAAAUUAAAUAUUUAUUUAAAUUUGACAUUGUAUCUGACCUUUUUCUUUUUAAAAAUAUUAUGUUGUGCUGGAUUGUAUAUGCUUUUGUCAUCUGUAUGUAUUUUUUUAAAAAAAUGAGACAAUUAAAUAUUUUACUAAUUCAUAUGAACUUUGGUGUUAGAAACGAAAAUUUAUUUAUUCAGCUGACAUUUAAGAUCUGUUAUAUUUUGAAAAUGAUAAUGAAAUGUUAUAAAAUAACUGUUACAGAUUUUUAUUGAUUAUGAAAUGUGGCACCUGAAAUCAUUACUCAUACAAGAUGUAAAUAUAUUUUUCAUUUUAAAUUGUGAUUGUUGAAUUUGGUGUCAUUGAUCUAUAUGGACUUUGUUUCAAAAAAUGAAUCUUUAAACCAGAUAUAGUACUAGUUGGUGUAAGAUAUAUGUGCCUCUGUACUUAAUCCAGAAAUACUAUCUGUAUUUUAAUUUGGUUUUGAAGUGUAUAGUAAUAAAGUGUUAAAAAAAUAUC